UAUUCCAAGAAAACUAGCUGUGAAACAGAUACGAAAUAGUAACAAGGUAGUCCUUGAAGUAAAUUGCCCAGAGAAAAGAAUAAAAUCAACUUAAGUCAGGAGAGACCAGUUCACUAGACUCUGGAACAAAGGGGAUAUGGAAUGUCUGCUUUCCAGCUGAUGCUUUAUAUCUUUAGGUUUGACCUCCUUCCCCCCAAUCUUUUUCUUCUUAGACUCGAUUAUCCAAUCCUAUCACCAGAAUGCUGCCUCCAACUCGAGGUGAGAGAGAAACUAUUGUUGGUUUUACUCAAAGAAGAGCUCAACCUGUGGGUACCAGGCAGACUGUCAUUGCAUCAUUUUUCACUUCAAAGUCAGGAAAGGCAAAUGAUGGUGGGCAGGGAAGGCCUUCACCUGGUUCAUCAAAUCAAAGAAAUAAGGAACAGAAAAGAGAUGUGGUGUGGUUGGAUCCUCCUCCAUUGUUCCCUGGGGAAGUGUGUGCCCAGUGUCCUGAAACUCCAGCAGCUUCUGUCACUAAGGAAUCUCAAGAGCUCAUCUGCCUCUCUCCAUCUCCCAAGGAGGUUUCUGACUAUUGCAGAGAGGCAAAAUCAGCUGUGCUCAGUAGCCAAGACCAGAACAUUGUAGGUUCUAUGGGUGUAGGUUUUGCCUUCACCCCAAACUCUGAAGAUUUUUGUAUGUUAGCCCAUGAAAGAGAGGGUAGGAAAGUACAUUGUAGACAAGGGCAAGAGACUAAGUGCCUAAUGGAUAGGGCAGAAUUGGAAAAGACACUAUUUUCCAAAGAAAACAAACAGUUCUGUGACUUUCCCCAAGGCCACCAAGAAGGCAAAGCAGAGAAAGGAAGGGCCAGCACAGGAGGGGACACAGAGUUAGUGGAACAAAAUCCCUGUUCUGAUCAAGUCUUUUCUUGGGAUAGUGAGCAGUACGACACAUGCUUGAGAAGCCAGUUGUUCACGGAAGAUUCCCAGGGUCAGAGAGUCAUUGCUCAUCCUUCUCGAGCUGUUCUUCAAGAUGUAGCCAACCUUACAAGAAAGCCCCUACAUACAUCCCUUAAUUCUCAGGUUCAGUCCCAAGGCAAGUCUAUCCUGGGCAUCUCUCAGUUAAAUUCCCAGACUGAUAUGCUCUUUACCCAGGACUCUCAAGGUAACAGAGUUAUUAAGCACUGUUUUUGAACUUCUGUUUUAGUGACAGGGCAUUAAACCCUUACGUAU